UCUCAUCAAACUGCUUUGUAAAUUUUAAAAAUGUCUUCUAAAUUUUUCCAGUGGCAUAUUCAAUAAUAAGGAUUUAAAUGUAUAAUAAAUUUUGUUUUUAUUUUGAAGAUGGCCCAACAAUCACAAUUGGCUUUCUUUUUCUAGGUGACACUGCUUUAUACCUUCAUGGAUGUCCAGCUAUAUCAUAUUUGUAUUCUUUAAUAGGAUUAUUGCUGUUACUAAAAUAACCUAACAAGUUACUUAGCUAUUUAAUUUUGAAAAUUAUGACAUUGUGUCUAUGUUCUAUUUGGUUCUGUAGUUAUUCCAGUAGAAGGAUAGAUUAGCUCACCUACUAUAUUUUUUUGACUUAUGGUCAGUACCUACAACUUUUAAAAUAUAUUGUAGAUUUUCAUUUAUGGUUAAAUGUGUGAGUAAAGGUCUCUAUUGUAAAGAAAUAUUGCGCUUUCCUCUUCUGGGGACGGUGCUUAGAGGCAAUCAGGAUGGCUCAGCAUUUGACAUACCUUCGUAGGCUUUCCUACAAUACAGUUUCUAACAAAACUAGGCUGUCUCGAACUCCUGGCAACAGGAUUGUUUACCUUUACACCAAGAAGGUUGGGAAAGCACCUAAAUCUGCAUGUGGCAUAUGCCCAGGCAGACUGCGAGGGGUUCAUGCUGUGAGACCCAAAGUCCUUAUGAGAUUAUAUAAGACAAAGAAGCACGUCAGCAGGGCCUAUGGUGGCUCCAUGUGUGCCAAGAGUGUCCGUGCAGGAUCAAGGGGGCUUUUUUUUAUCGAGGAGCAGAAAAUCGUUGUGAAAGUGUUGAAGGCACAAGCACAGAGUCAGAAAGCAAAGUAAAUGUGCAACUUUUUUAAGUA